UUUCCACAGAGCUGGACUUUGGUAAUGAACACACAGGAUGUAGAGGUUUAUUCGGAACACAGAAAUUGACCCAAAGGGAUUCUGCAUCUGCACUCCUUCAUUGGGUUUGAUUUUGGAAGCUGAAAGCAGAUUUUAAUCACGGUUUCUACUCCAAACAAGACUUUGACAAGGAAUUUAUUUUAUUUUGAAAGCAGAUGGAGUUUUUCAAAGUGCACAUGGCAUUUUUGUGAUUUGUUAAGUGACUCUUAAUAAAGUUUUACUGACAAUGCUGUUAACCGAGAAUAGUAAUGCAUUCUUCACUCUGUAUAAUGUUAGAAUUGGGACUAAAUGCUUUCAGCUUUAUUCAGAGACAUUUAACCAAAUAAACUGAGCAAGGAACAAAGGAACAAUUAAUUUCUAAGAAUAGAGUAUGUUUUUUAAACCAGCAUGAAGAGGUAAAGAUUGUUAUAUACCCCAUUUAUUGCCAAUGAGUGAAAAACAACAGUGAAAAUUCCUCAGUGCUCUGCACAAUCUCAAGACUUAAGUGGGAACAUAAUAAAGGAUUGUAGAGGAUGGUGACUUGCCAGUGCGUAGCCCGCACUCUCAUCAUUUACAGCUGGAUGUUUGGCUUUGGUGUAUCCACAUGUCAUUAGUGAACUGCCUCAGUUGAAAGUAUGAAUCAAAGAAGACCUGUUCUGGAUGAUAAAAAUCAAUCAAAUUAUCACACGAUUGAAAGGAGGAACAGAAGUAAAGAUAAUCUACUGAUGAACGAAGACUUAGGUGAAGACUCUUAUGGCAGUUAUGGACAUUUCCAUAAUGAAAGCCUGGCCCGACAGACGCUGCCCAAGAGCAGGAGGCAGGCUGUGCGAGGAGCGGCCUACAUGUUCAAUGCCCAUCCCAACAGCUUAACACCUGUAGAGGAACGCUUCCUUGAUGCUGCCGAGUAUGGAAACAUACCUGUCGUGCGUAGAAUGCUUGAGGAGAUCCCUGAGUUUGAUGUAAAUUGUGUGGACUAUAUGGGCCAGAAUGCACUGCAGUUGGCAGUGGCUAACGAACACUUAGAAGUAACAGAGCUGCUGUUAAAGAAAGACAACCUAUCACGGAUUGGAGAUGCACUUUUAUUGGCCAUCAGCAAAGGCUACACCAGGAUUGUAGAGGCCAUUCUAAGCCACAAAGCUUUCGCUGACUCCAAAAGACUUACGGCGAGCCCAAGUCAAGCACCAAUACACGAUGACUUCUUCGCCUAUGAUGAAGAUGGCACACGCUUUUCUCAUGAUGUCACUCCAAUUAUUCUAGCAUCUCACUGCCACGAAUAUGAGAUUGUGCACAUUCUCCUGGGAAAGGGUGCUUGCAUUGAGCAGCCACAUGAUUACUUUUGUACCUGUGACACCUGCAAUUACCAUCAAAAGUAUGAUUCUUUUAGUCACUCCCGCUCACGUAUAAAUGCCUACAGGGGACUGGCCAGUCCAGCUUACCUGUCUCUGUCCAAUGAGGAUCCUGUGAUGGCGGCCCUGGAGCUUAGCAAUGAGCUUGCCUCUUUGGCUAAUAUUGAAAAGGAAUUUAAGAAUGAAUAUAGGAAACUUUCUAUGCAAUGCAAAGACUUUGUUGUGGGACUUCUGGACCUGUGCCGGAGCACAGAGGAAGUGGAAGCAAUUUUGAAUGGAGAAGAGGAUGAUACUUUAGAAUUGCCUGGCCGGCCCAGUCUCAUUCGUUUAAAACUUGCAAUAAAGUACGAACUGAAAAAGUUUGUGGCUCAUCCUAACUGUCAACAACAGCUCUUAUCAAUAUGGUAUGAAAACCUGCCCGGACUCAGGCAGCAGACCACAGCCAUUAAGUUCUUGGUGGUUUUAGGUGUUGCCAUGGGACUGCCCUUUCUAGCAAUGGUGUAUUGGGUUGCACCAUGCAGCAAGAUGGGAAAGAUCAUGCGUGGCCCAUUCCUUAAAUUUGUGGCCCAUGCAGCCUCCUUCACUAUUUUCCUUGGUCUUUUGGUCAUAAAUGCUGCAGACCGCUUUGAUGGGACAAAGCUGCUUCCAAAUAUGACCAUUCAUGACUAUCCGACACAGCUGUUCCGUAUGAAAACAACUCCCUUUACGUGGAUGGAAUUGCUCAUCAUUUCUUGGGUCGUAGGUAUGAUUUGGGCAGAAUGCAAGGAGAUCUGGUCCCAAGGCCCAAGAGAGUAUCUGCUUGAGCCUUGGAAUUUGCUUGAUUUUGGAAUGUUGGCCAUUUUCGUGGCCUCCUUCAUCUCAAGGAUAAUGGCUUUCUGGCAUGCAAGUGUAGCACAACGCUAUGUCGAUGAGCUCUACACAGAUUUAGCAAAUGUAACUUUGCCUGUUGAGGUGGGAUACUUUCAGUUGGCUCGGAUUGACUGGCUCCCCUCCGAUCCUCAGGUAGUUUCAGAGGGCUUGUUUGCCAUUGCAGUGGUUCUGAGCUUCUCCCGAAUUGCAUACAUCCUGCCAGCUAAUGAGAGCUUUGGACCACUGCAGAUAUCUUUGGGCCGAACCGUGAAAGACAUCUUUAAGUUCAUGGUUAUCUUUAUCCUGGUGUUUUUAGCCUUCAUGAUUGGAAUGUUCAACCUCUACUCAUAUUACUUGGGUGCUAAACAGAAUGAAGCCUUCACAACUGUAGAAGAAAGCUUCAAAACAUUGUUUUGGGCAAUUUUUGGCCUUUCCGAGGUCAGAUCAGUAGUCGUGAACAAUGGGCACAAGUUCAUCGAGAACACUGGCUAUGUUCUCUAUGGAGUAUACAAUGUCACAGUAGUCAUCGUCCUACUCAACAUGCUCAUUGCCAUGAUCAACAAUUCCUUUCAGGAAAUUGAGGAUGAUGCAGAUGUGGAAUGGAAGUUUGCCCGUGCCAAGCUCUGGUUCACCUACUUCGAGGAGGGCAGGACUCUCCCAGUACCCUUUAACCUGGUGCCUAGUCCCAAAUCUGUCCUGGGUCUGGUGACGGGGGCUAAGGGUCUCCUGCUGGAGCUCUUAGACAGACACAAAGCCAUUAUGAAGGGGUCUGAGCUCAAUGAGUUGGGAAAAAGCAAAGCCAGCAGGGACAAGAAUCACACUUGCUCCAGCCGAUAUCAGAAAAUUAUGAAGCGUCUUGUCAAGCGCUACAUCAUCAAAGCUCAAAAUGACAAAGAAUGUGAUGAGGUCAACGAGGGUGAACUGAAGGAGAUUAAGCAAGAUAUUUCAAGCCUUCGCUAUGAGCUGCUAGAGGAAAAGACACACAAUAUAGAGGAGCUGGCUGAGCUAGUGAGGAAACUUGAAAACAAUCUCUCCCAGGACUGCUUAAUACUAAAUUCUCAUUAAGGAAAUCCGACAAUAGCGUUUUUUACAGCAAAAUUUAACUGUUAAUCAACUAUUUAUCAAGCAAGACAAUUUGCACAGGGACAACAGUUCCACAUGCUUCUUUGCCUUGGCCUGGGUUAGUAGAAAAAAAAAGAAGGUAUUGAGCAUUUGAUGACUGUGAAGAAGUGAUAUUUUUAUGUUUUUGUUAAGGUAAUACUUUUAAAGUUGAUGUGUGUAAUUUGUUAUGUUAAAAUUAGUGCUCUCAGUUGAUUGAAAUUUUUUAAUCGCGAUUAAUCGAAUAAUAUUUCGUAGUUAAUCACGAUUAAUCGCAGAUUUUGAAAUUGCUGAAAUUUGACUCUAAAUAUAAUUCUUUUCCUGUCAAAAUGUAUUUAUUUCCUUAGGAAACAAAACAAAACAAUGUGUAAACAAUAUAAUGCUUUAUUAACAUUUUCCAAACAAAGCCUUCUACAGUAUAAAGAUAGAAAUGCAUUAAAAUAGCACCAAUUCAAGUAACAUUAAACAUUUCCCAAAGUCUAAGUAGUAGUUUGACUAAUUGAUAGAACUAGUCCCCACAUAGUUUGCAUCAUUAUUGUAAUUUCCAUUAAAUCUCAUAAACUCUCACCCUCAAUAUCAAUCAGCCGGCAUUGUAUCUAUCCACUUUGUUAUAGCAAUUGUGAAUACAUGAUUCACGUCAGGGCGUCAGCACCAGGGUCUGGUGCCGCUUUAAACUCCACAUGAAAAGCACUUGCAGACAAAAACGUCUCAUUCUGUGUUUUGGUGAUAGUUAAGACUUGGCGUGCUUCUGAGGUAAUUAAAACGCUUUACAUAGACUGAAAAAUACUUGAUUUCUGUCACAAGUUCCAUCUUGGCUUGUUUUGUACUACAAGUAGCAUUAAGAGCUCCUUUCUCCAUCAGUUUUUUCACUGACACUGAAUGACUGUUGUGUGUGUUUGUGGUGUGCGUGUCAGUGUAAUGACUCCGGGCGGACACAUCACAAAGGUUCCGCCCUUCCAUUAAGUGUUUAUGCUAUAUUAACGGUAAAUGUGUUAAUCUUGAUUAAUAAAAAUUAACGCAUUAAACUUUUUAAAUUAAUUGCAUGCAUUAAAGUGUUAAUUUUGCCAGCUCUUUUGUUUGUUUGUUUGAACAUCCUGACCAGCACGAAAAGAUUGAGUCAACCAAUGACGCACAAUGGUGAACAAUGGUGCGCAGGGAAAUCUGUUUGAAAGCAAUUACAAUUAUUUUUCCAAUUCUGUUUGGUGAAGCUAGUGGCAGAGAAAUUACACACUUUAUCUUAAAUGUAACACUAAAUGCAUGUUCUUUUGUAUGAUACAUAUGCACAACAAUUUCCCUUCAAAAAUCUAACUCGCGCAAAAAAUAAAACAAAUACUUUUUUUUAGCAAUUUGGCAACUGGUAAAUUCUUCAGUAAAAUAAAUAAAAAGUAAAUAUUAUAAAUAUUAUUUAUAACUCUUGUUUCAUUUUACAGCUAUACACUGUCCUGUCUGGCAUCUCAGCCAUAAUGUAAUGAUUGUUCAUUGAUUUACACCUUCUACUUACAACACACUCACAGCAUUCGCACUGUGUAUGUUCCUUUUUCCUGACAACUAUUUUUCAUUUUUGAUGUCUCAUGUAAAUAAAGAAAUAUAUUCUGUUCUCAGCCACAUGAUUACAUACAGCACUUUUGUGAUUAUCUGUUUAUAUUUUGGUGCUGGAUCUUCACCAUAUCUCUCCCUGUGGAAAUAGUAAAUUGUUGUUUUAUUAAAUUUUCUAAGAGCACUGUUCUCAAGCUUAUACACAUGCUGUAAUAUCUGUUGAGUACAUCAAGAGAAAGAUCACAUGUUGAAACCUCAGUCACUGUGUAAUUUGUUGUAGAACAAAAUGUGAAACUUUCUUGAAGUAAUGUCAGCCACAGACCGUAGUUUAGCCUACUAAUAAAUCGAAAACUGCUAUUCAAAAAACCCAUUGAAAAUUCUGAAAAAAACUGAGCAGUUCUCUAACUAAUAAAUUAAGAAUGAAUGAAUCGCUUUUUACAUUAUUUACAGCCUAUGUGCUCAAUAGAACUAUAGCUAUUAAGAGUGCAUGUGUAGGUCAGACCUAGAAAUGACCACAAAAGAAAAAAAUAUAUAGUUUCCCCAUACAGCUGGACUUUUACUUAUGUGGACAUCCUGAUUAAAUGUCCCUAAGAUGUUGUCAGAAGCAAGCACCCAGGCUGACCAAAGUUCAAAGAAAAUCCCUUUAUUCUUACAUCACCAAUGAUGUAAUUGAGUGUUGGCAACAAAAAAUUACAGGGGAAGUUUACUUAUACCCAUCAUAAUAUGGGACUGACUGUUCAUAUGUGUUAUGCUUUUAUAAUUUACAAAUCAAGAUUAAAUAAUGGUUCGAAGAAAAAUAAAAGUGUGGAUUUUUUGGGCAACAUUUAUGUUGUCAAGACAUAGAAUAUGUACAGUAUGUGAUAUGUGUAUACAGCUUGCCAGAGAAGGAUGGGUGCUUUCAUUUGUUUCUGAUUUGACAUUUACAGCUUAAAGGAAUAGUUCACCCAAAAAUAAAAUUCUCUCAUCAUUUACUCACCCUCAUGCCAUCUUAAAUGUGUAUGACUUUUUACUUCUGCUGAAC